AUGGCCGCUGUUAAGACCGACCCUGACGAUGAAAUUAAACAAGAAAAUGGGCACCCAGCUCAAGUUGGGGUUGAAGAGGAUACAGCAGAGCAAAUAGACUUGGGGGAUGAAGUCAAGAAGAAGAAGAAAAAACACAAAAAGAAGAAAAAUAGUGCGAAUACUACAAGUAACGGCAUUGAUGGAGAUGAAGUGAAUGGUGUUGAACUCAGUGGAGAGAAGAAUGAUGCCAGCACUGAGAUUAUUGUCA